GGCAGAGAGAGCAGGUGGCGGGAUUCAUGCAUACAAACGCUUUCCCUCUUCCAGCGCCGCUCAGCUCGUAGCUCUCUCUCCAUCACGAGAAAGCUUGAGAGAGCAGCAUCUUCCAUAUCUUCCUCAUCAUCAAUCAAUGAAUUCCUUUUUCGUUACUCUUUCUUUUCCCCUCAGAAUAAUAAUUCGUUUUCAUUUCCGGAAUUUUUAAUCAUUGCUUUGCUUUGCUUCCCAAGUUUCGCUUUUCUGGAUUUAUUCAAUUCGUUCCAUGGAUCUGGUCUCGUUCUCGAGAGAUUUGUGUAGGUUCCGGAGCUGUAGAUCCCCAGCGAGCUGCAUUUGUGUGUUGUUCGACGUUCAGUAGUGGAGAUCAUUUGGACGGGAGGAGUGGUUUUCAAUCAUGAAGAAGUAUCCGAUCGGGCCGGAGAAUUAUGUUCUGUGUGAGGAGAUAGGCCAUGGAGUCAGUGCAUCUGUUCAUCGCGCUCUCUGUGAGCCGUUAAACGAGGUCGUAGCAAUCAAAAUCCUUGAUUUCGAACGUGAUAAUUGUGAUCUGAGUAAUGUCUUCCGGGAAGCGCAGACAAUGGUCUUAGUAGACCAUCCCAAUGUUCUAAAAUCUCAUUGCUCUUUUGUUAGCGAUCACAAUUUGUGGGUUGUCAUGCCUUACAUGGCGGGCGGUUCAUGUCUUCACAUAUUGAAGGCCGCUUAUCCAGAUGGUUUUGAAGAAGUUGUCAUUGCCACCAUAUUGCGUGAAGUAUUAAAGGGCUUAGAUUAUCUUCAUCAUCAUGGCCACAUUCAUCGAGAUGUGAAAGCUGGAAACAUUCUCAUAGAUGCCCGGUGUGGAAUUAAGCUUGGAGACUUUGGUGUGUCUGCUUGCUUAUUUGAUUCAGGUGACAGAACACGCAUGAGAAACACAUUUGUUGGUACUCCUUGUUGGAUGGCACCAGAGGUUAUGGAGCAAUUGCAUGGUUAUGAUUGCAAGGCAGAUAUUUGGUCUUUUGGUAUAACUGCUUUGGAGCUUGCCCAUGGACAUGCACCUUUCUCAAAGUAUCCUCCAAUGAAGGUGUUGUUAAUGACAUUGCAAAAUGCACCUCCUAGUCUUGAUUAUGAAAGAGACAGGAAGUUCUCCAAGUCUUUUAAGCAGAUGAUUGCUAGUUGUUUGGUAAAAGAUCCUUCAAAAAGACCUUCAGCAAAAAAGUUGUUGAAACAUUCUUUCUUUAAGCAAGCUCGCUCAAAUGAUUAUAUUGCAAAAACAUUGCUGGAUGGCUUGCCAGCUCUGGGUGAUCGGAUUAGGGCUUUGAAGAAGAAAGAAGAAGAAAUGUUGGCGGAAAAGAAAAUACCAGAUGGACAAAAAGAAGAAAUGUCACAGAAUGAGUAUAAGCGUGGGAUAAGCAGCUGGAACUUCAACCUUGAUGAUCUAAAGGCUCAGGCUUCUUUGAUCCCAGAUGAGGAAGUUAUUGCUGAUAAGGAUCCUGUUGGGAGCUCAAAUUUACCUGGAGGGCUCGACAACAGUGGAAAACAACUUCAACGCCAGCUCUCUUCAGCUAACCUAGUUCCAAAACUUCAAUAUCAGUUUUCGUUUUUAAGUCAAAAUUCAGACAGCACAGAGAUUGAUGAAAACAAUCCAUCUGCUCCUCUUUCACCUUGUGACACUAGUCACACUACGCCAGCUUUUAACAUAGCUAAAUGUGAAAAAUCAGAUCAUGAUGAUGUAAGCGUUGCUACUGAAAUUCAUGACACCCAAAACUCAAGAAGUUCUCUUUCCUACAAUCACGUGGAAAAGCAUUUACUUGGAAAACCUGAAUUUGAGAUUGAUGGAAAAUUCUCUGAUAGCCCACCUGUAAAUUCACGGCAAAGUUUCAGGGAUAAAAUUCAACCUCUAAACAUAUCAGCUUGCAAUGGAGUUUUCUUUCAUCAAAUAGUAGAAGAUAUGUCAGCUGAAUCUGCUAAACCACCAUUGAGAACAACAGGAAAGGGUGAAGAGUUCAGUGAGAAGACAAAAGGCCAUCGUGUUCAACAAAAAGGACGUUUCAAAGUUACAUCCGAGAAAGUUGACUUAGAAAUGAUUUGUCCAUCUCCAGGGUUACAGAAAAGCCACAGCAUGGCGGUGAUUGCGCAACAUCCAUCUAUAUCUCACUCAUUGACAACAGAUACCAUGUCUCAAAAUCUUCCUUCUCAUUCGUUUCUUCCAGUAUUGCAAAAUAUGUUGAAUGCAAAUAUUACUGAAAGGGAGAACAUUCUUAACUUAAUGAGGCAAGCCUCUGCUGGAGGGACAACAGUGGAUGGGGUAGAGCUUUUGUUGAACAUGCCAUCGGCAGACAAAUCAUUGUUGGUGACAGCUCAUGAUAGGGAGAAGGAGUUACUACAUGAAAUAACCGAUUUACAAUGGAGGCUCGUUUGCACCCAAGAAGAGCUUCAGAAGUACAAAACACAAAAUGCGCAGAUUAACUCUUGAUUGAGGAUGUUAUGCGAGAUUGGGUGUGUUUGAAGUGAAAGAAGUUGCAUCCCGCGAAUGACCAACUCUUCCUUGCAGAAUAACUUAAUCAGGAUUCAGUAUAAUGGAGUGCAUUGUAAGGGAGGCAUGACUAGUUUAGCAGCAUUUCAUUGUUAUUUGUACAGUUUUCUCCCCCCUAAUAGGUGAUGAGAUUGUUUUUUUAUAUGAUCUCAACUGAUAUCUGAAUAGACUAAUUAGAGCUGUGCUCUUGUACAUGCUAUCCUAUUCCCUUCAAAGGAUUUUUACCCUUUUUGUUA